GCCCCUCAUGUUAACACCUUCCCGCCCAGUGCCAUUAGUACAGUGUCAGUGCUUUUUUAUAGCACUGAUCACUGUAUUGGUGUCACAUGAUUUGCGCUCCCGUGGUUAUUGCGCCCCUCACAGAUAGCAUCAGAUUGCCCACCACACCUCAAGAAAUGUGAUAGGCAGUCAGAAAGUAAAAGCUGUGUAAAUUCCAUUAUCUAUACCAUAGUUUGUAGAUGCUAUAACUUCCACACAUAGCAAUCAAUAUACACUUAUUGGGAUUUUU